AUGGGCCAACUAAGACGGUAUCAUAGUUCUGUCGGUGAAAAUCACAUCUUCAGACACAAUUGUAGUGUGAGCGGUGAGGACCUUAUGAAUGGGGGCAGAUGCCAGGAAGGAAGGAGUGAGUGCUCUUGCCCAGAUGGCUGUAGAGUCUUAUAUUGUAUUUUUAACUGUCCCAAGGGGGUCUGUGGAGCUGGCCGCUCUUCAGAAUGUCAGUGCAUGGAGGAGAACACCUUGGAAAGCAGUGCCAAAAAUGGCAGUUGCACCUGCAAAUCUGGUUACCAAGGCAACAGAUGCCAGAAAGCAGCUGCUGAAUAUACUAUAUUGGAAAAUGCUUCUGAGAUUCCCACUGUGAAGGAAAAUGAGUUGAAACCUGCCCUGCUGGCCUCUGGGGACCAGAGUGGGCCUUGUGAGCAUGGAAGUCAACGCCACGAAAAAAACAAAACUGGAAGCUGUGAUUGUCCUCUUGCUUACACAGGAAAAGCCCGUACCACACAGAAAUGCAUAUCCCUUACCAAUCUUGUUCUCAGCAGGCAGUCCAGCCUGAUGAAGUAUCAGCAAAAUGUCAGCUCCCACAGAGAAGUGCGACAAAGACGACACGGAAGCAGUGACAGGCCUUUCAAAAAGCUAUUGUGCAAAUGCAGUGUUAAGUUAGGGAUGUGGUUGAAGACUGAUGGGAAUGUCAUUACCAAUGGAAAGGUGGAAAGAGGUGAUGAGCAAAUAGAAAAACUUAGAGAUCCAAUUCGAGAAAAGGAGGACUUCCAAGAAGAAGAGAUAGUCACUGUCUCAUAUGCUGCUUAA